UCCGCAGAUCUCGCGAGACCUCGCGGCAGUGCGAGAAGAUCAGGAGCAGAGAAGCUAAAGCGACAUUGAUAUUUAGCAACAACAGCUGCUUUCAUGUCUGCCCGCCGCGCAGGUUGGAGCAGCGCUGAGGUGCGGACGCGCUGCGGGCGCGCGUGACCAGGUGUGGGCUGCGGCGUUCAGGAUGUUUCUCCGUCUCCCCGCCUGCGUGUCAGAGGAUGGAGACGGGACGCUCCUCGUGAAUCAUCAUCGUUUCCUCCUUCAAGUCUGGAGGAUGUAGCAGACGGCUGCUAAGCUCCACCCUCUUCACCCGCCCCCUCGUCUGUGGCUCUUGGUUUCGAUGGGGGUGCCGCUCGACUUGAUGCUCGUUUGUAAAUGAGGCGUUCUGUUUGCCCCGCCCCCUCUGGUGUGAUUGAAGUGGUUUGACGGAUCAGCUGGUCGGCCUCGACAUGAACGGUUCUCUUCUGACCCCCCCCAGCCCCAGGGCUACGAACUCCUCCCCUUUACCGCCCUCGCCCUCCCCGUCCCCACUUUGCUCGCCAUUUCCGGGCGUUCCUCCUGGAGAACCCCCACUACAGCGCCGACUCGGCCGCCGCCUUCUGCCGCCGCUUCACCGACCGCUUUGUGCGCCACUUCCAGAGCGAGCUGGAAGGGGUGGCCCCGCCCAGCCGCAGCGACAUGGUGAGUUGGGCCCCCCCGUCGGACGCCACCUCGCUGGAGGAAGAGGCGGUGUCGCCUCUGUCUGCGGCAGGGGGGGCCGGCCCGCCCCGCGCCUCGUCCCGACCUGAACCGGCCCGGCUGGUUCUGGAGAACCGUGGCGGGGACAAGUUCCAGGACUCUCACGGACAGGCCCUCCCCCCGUCUUCGUCCUCAUCGUGCUGCUCCUCGGUGGGGGGGAACAACGGGCGGCGGGAGGAGAGGGGCGCCGCUUUCAGCCCCGGGAACGGGGAGGCCCCCGAGGAGGAGGAUAGCUGGCCCGGCGUGGCCUCCAUCGGGGAGGAGCCUCCGGAGUCCGGGGAGGUCGAGCCCUUUCCUCUGAACCCCACCUCCUCGGUGACCUCGCCCCCCGGCUCCAAAGACACCCCCAACUCCUCCAAGAACAAACUGAAGAAGCGCUUCUCCUUGCGCAGCGUGGGGCGCAGCGUGCGCGGGAGCGUGCGCGGCAUCCUGCAUUGGAGGAGCUCCUCCAGCGACUCAGGUCAGAACCAGCUGCCCCCCAGCUACAGCUACACCAUGGGGGUGCAGGACGCCGGCCUGGCUCCGCCCAGCAAAAGGACCUCCGCCACGCAGCCCCCCACUCCCACCUCCUCCAUGCCGGUGUCUCUCUCCAUGCCUCUCUCUCUUCCUCACUCCUCCUCAUCCUCACUGCCCCCGUCGUCCUCCAGCAGCGCCACCUCCCUGUCGCUGUCAGAGGCCGCCCGGGACCGCCGGCGGAGCAACGGCGAGGGGGGGGACAAGGACAAGUGGAGCCACCGUCUGGAGAAGCUGCGGUUGUCCCGUUCCCCCCCUCCCGUCCUCCUGCCAGCCCCCGCCGGCUCCAGCUCCGCCUCCAUGCUGCCCCCCAGCAGCGCCGCCGCGGCGGGUCCUCAGAGGAAGGUGGGGCGGCUGAUGCGGGAGGGUGGAGUCAGCGUCAGCUCGUCCAGUGAGGAGCUUGGAGGAAGCCACGCCUUCUCUGGCUUCUCCUUUGGUCUCCUGCACCACGGCGGCGACAGCAACAACGCCGCAACGUCGCCGACCGCCGUUGGCCAGGGGAGUCAGGCACCGCUCCUCGCCAGCGGGGGCAACGUGCCCUGGAGUGGGGGGCGCUGGCAUAAAUGUCGCCUCGUCCUCAGAGCGAGGGACCGGGAGGGCGGAGAGCGGGGAGAGGAGUAUUACCUGGAGUUCUUCAUCCCUCCCAAAUCCUCAAAGCCACGGCUGACCGUCCACUGCUGCGCCAUCACGGAUGUGAGGAGCACCACGGCGCUGGAGGUCCCAGACAAGGAGAACACCUUCCUGCUGCAGCUGGAGGGCUCGACGCAGUACGUGAUUGAAACCAGAGACGCCAUUCAGAUGAGGGCGUGGCUUAGUGACAUCAGGAACGCCAUCUGCCUCAGUGAACAGGAAGACGCAGAGGGGGGUUGCCGGGGGCCGCUGGACAUCAGCGGGACGCCAGAGGUUGGCGAGCGUCUCUCACAAGUCUGUUACGGGGGCAUCGCCGGCUUCCUGCCGCUCAUGGACCCCCUCCCUCCAGAGCUGCCGCCUCGAGCCCCUCUGGACGAACCGGAUGGCAGAAUUCUCGGGGGAGGCGGGGCUAGUCUGGGGACACCUUUUGCAGAGACACCAGACGCCACAGGCUCGUUCCUCUUCUCUGACGUGGCAGUCGCAGAGACGGUGGAGCACCCGCUCAGCGAGUGUCAGUGGUUCCACGGCACGCUGUCACGCCUCAAAGCCGCUCAGCUGGUGCUGGCCGGGGGCCCGGCGAGCCACGGCGUCUUCCUGGUCCGUCAGAGCGAGACGCGGCGCGGGGAGUACGUCCUGACCUUCAACUUCCAGGGCAAGGCCAAGCACCUCCGCCUCUCCCUGAACGAGGACGGCCAGUGCCGCGUGCAGCACCUCUGGUUCCAGUCCAUCUUCGACAUGCUGGAGCACUUCCGGGUGCAUCCCAUCCCGCUGGAGUCGGGGGGCGCCUCUGACGUCACCCUCAUCAGCUUUGUUGGCGCUACCGCUGUUCGCCAGCCAGACUUGACCAGCAGACCCCGUAGCCCCCCCCAGCCUCCUACGCUACCGCCGGGCCGGCCGCCGCCACCGACUCCACCCCAGGAGAGAGGAGAGCUGGAGCCGGCAGGAGGAGCAGCAGCAGGAGGAGCAGGAGGAGCAGUGCCUGCAGGGACAGUAGCAGCUGGAGGAGGAGGAGGAAGUGGAGGCAGCGGAGGAGGAAGUGGGGGAGGGUCGGACGAGUGGGAGGAGAGAGAAAGAGACACUCCCCUCCGCCAGCUAGAAGCUGUGGAGGGGGAGGAGAGAGAGGGAGCGCGGGCUCCUCGAGCCAUUGAUAACCAGUACUCCUUCUUCUGAUGCUGGAGGAGGAGCAGGAGGAGGAGCAGGAGGUGUUUUUGUGUGCAUGAACGGAGCGAGCGUGAGCGUGGAUGAGGCGUCGUUCAUCAUAGCCAUUUAUAACCAGUAUUUUUAUUUGUUAGCACGGUGCAGGAGGAGGUGCAGGAGGAGGUCCAGGAGGAGGUGUAAAGUACUAACACUAAGGCGGAGCAGACGAUGAGCGGCUUCACCACACUAACGAUCGGUACAUUUCUUUGACCUUUUAGCCAGAUAAGCUUGUUUUUGCCGGAGCGCCUCGACGCCGGCUCCUCCUGAGGGGGGGGCGGCGACCCCCAUACCUCACCGCGGUCCGGUCAGGACCGCAGACACGGUCUACAGACAUUUCUGCUGCGCGGGUGGACCCCCACCCCCCAGCAUUAACACGCCACGGCAGCGAGCCCAGCCGCGCUCCCAGAAGUCCGCCUCCCGGAGGCCCGCCUCCCAGAGGUCCGCCUCCUAGAGGCCCGCCUGCUUCAGGAGGGCUCUGGCCGACUCACCUGACGCAGGUGAGGAGCAGACUCCCGGCGACCUUUGCCCCCCCCCAGGAGCGCUGUAACCUCAGCUGAGACCUUCGCUGUCUGGACGCCGUCUGGCGCUCCAGAGCAGACGGUUGUUCUGGACGCCGGUUCGGUGGGGGGGUUACCUCGGCGUGGACACGGAGUGGCGUUCUCCCUUAGAAGGUUCUGGAUGGUCGUGUGGA